AUGGCACAAUUCCAUUUUCUCCAGGGCAACAUCAACCACUGUGCCAGAGCUCAGGAUCUCCUACUCCAGAGCAUGGCAGAGUGGUCGAUUCACGUGGCUGUGGUCGCCGAACCGUACUUCAUUCCCGCCCGUGACAACUGGUUGGGAUGCGCUGACGGUUUGGUGGCCAUUAUUGGCGAGACUCUGAUCGACCCGUCUCGGGGCCGCGGCUGGGUUGCUGCGGUCUCGGGCGGCAUCGUUAUUGUAGGGGCGUAUUUCUCCCCCAACAAGAGUCUCGCCGACUUUGAGGGUUUCCUUGUCGAGUUGGGCGCCGUCGUAGGCCGCUAUCACCCUCGUCCCGUUCUGGUGCUCGGGGAUCUCAACGCCAAGUCAUCGGCGUGGGGAUCUCCGGUCACUGACCCUCGGGGCGAGGUGUUAGAAGAGUGGACGGUGACGACUGGUCUGGUCGUCCUGAAUCGGGGUUCGGAAUACACGUGCGUGCGGCAGCGGGGUGGGUCGAUAGUGGAUGUCUCGUUUGCUAGCCCCUCUGUCGCCAGCCGAGUCCGCGACUGGCGUGUCGCCGCAGAGGUGGAGACGCUGUCGGACCAUCGGUAUAUCCGGUUCGACGUCUCUGCCCAGACUGCGAGCGGCCGCCAUCCAACAACCCCGAUUAACGACGGCCCGCGUUGGGCGCUUAAGCGCAUCGACAGGGAACUACUCGAAGAAGCUGCCCUAGUCCAGUCCUGGAUUCGGGAGUCGACGACGGACGGCCCCGUCGACGUCGAAGCGGUGUACUGGUGGACCGCCGAGAUCGCGCAAUUGCGCAUAGCGUGCGUUGCGGCUCGUCGCCGGUACACCCGAUACCGGAGGCGGCGUCGACGGGAUCCCGCCGAGGAGGACGCGCUGUAUGAGGUGUACCGCGCGUCUAAGGAGACUCUGUGGCUGGCCAUCGGCGACUCAAAGUCGCGUGCCAGGGAAGAGCUGCUGGGAUCCCUAGAUCGGGAUCCGUGGGGGCGCCCCUACCGUUGGGUACGGGGCAAGUUGCGUCCCUGGGCGCCUCCACUAACACAAACGAUGCAACCCCAGUUGCUAGAGGCGGUGGUAUCGGCUCUCUUCCCUGAGCGAGUGGGACACGUUCCCCCGGCGAUGGCUUCGCCCUCAGCCACAGACUCUCCAGAAGAGGAGAGCACCGACGUCCCCGAGGUGACGCAAACAGAGACGAGAGCGGCCGUGUCGCGACUCCGGGCUAAGAACACAGCGCCCGGACCCGACGGAGUUCUUGGUCGAGCUCUCGUCCUGGCUCUGAAGGAGCUAGAGCCCCAGCUGAGAGGGCUCUUCACGGCAUGUCUCGAGCAGGGUCAGUUUCCCAGUGUGUGGAAGGAGGGGAGGCUGGUCCUGCUCAGGAAGGAGGGGCGCCCCGCGGACUCACCGUCCGCGUACCGGCCCAUAGUGCUGCUCGACGAAGCGGGCAAACUUCUUGAGCGCAUCGUCGCAGAUCGCCUCGUCAGCCACUUGUGCAGAGAGGGGCCGGACCUGGACGAGAACCAGUUUGGUUUUCGUCGCGGGCGCUCCACCAUAGACGCUAUUACGCGUGUGAGGUCCCUGGCGGAGGAGACAGUAUCCCGGGGUGGGGUGGUGCUGGCGGUGUCCUUAGACAUCUCCAACGCCUUCAACACCCUACCCUGGAGUUGUAUUCGGGAGGCGCUGAAUUACCAUCGCGUGCCUCCCUACCUCCGCCGCACAAUAGGGGCUUACCUUGAGGAGAGAUGCGUUACCUAUUGGGGACGUGACGGCGCUGGUCGGCGCGUCAUGUCGUGCGGUGUUCCGCAGGGAUCGGUCUUGGGACCGCUCCUGUGGAACAUCGGCUACGACUGGGUGCUGAGAGGUGAACUCCCGUCGGGCGCCGACUUGACGUGUUAUGCGGACGACACGCUCGUCACUGCCCGGGGGAGUUCACACAGGGAAGCAGCGUUGGUUGCCACGGCUGCGGUGUCACAAGUGGUGAACCGCAUCCGGCGCCUGGGCCUGGAGGUGGCCCUAAAUAAGUCGGAGGCCAUGGUGUUCCAUGGCCCUCGACGCGCGCCGCCGCCGGGUUCACACAUCGUGGUCAGCGGGGCCCGGAUAGCUGUCGAGUCCACCAUGAAGUAUCUGGGAUUGGUGCUCGACAGCCGAUGGGAAUUCGGACCCCACUUCCGGCGGCUGGCGCCCAAGCUGAUGGGUGCAGCGGGCGCGCUAUCAACGUUGCUUCCCAACUUGGGGGGCCCGAGCGCCGCCUGUAGGCGGUUGUACGUGGGAAUCGUGCGGUCCAUGGCCCUGUAUGGGGCCCCUGUGUGGGCGAUGGACAUGACGGCCAGCACUCUCGCCAUUCUGCGUAAACCGCAGAGGGCGAUGGCCGUCAGAGUCGUCCGCGGGUAUCGCACGAUUUCCUACGAGGCGGUUUGCGUCCUGGCCGGAUCCCCGCCCUGGGACCUAGAGGCGAAAGUACUCGCGUCAUUAUAUCGAUGGCGCGAGGAAGAGCGGGCACGGGGCUCGAGGCCGGUGCAGCGGCAGAUCGCGCUGCGCCGAGAGGAGCUCCGUCAGGUCUUGGUGGCGGAAUGGCGGCAAAGGCUUCUGCGCCCUACCGCUGGCCUCGCUACCGUCGAGGCGAUCCGGCCAGUACUCGACGACUGGCUCGGGAGAAGGCACGGCUCCCUGUCGUUUAGGGUGACGCAGGUGCUGUCGGGGCAUGGCUGCUUCGGCAAGUACCUGCGCCGCAUAGACAGGGAGCCGGACGCUCGGUGUCACCACUGCGUCCAUUGCGGGGAGGACACGGCGCAACACACGCUCGCCGAGUGUGUAGCUUGGGAGGAGCAGCGCCGUGUCCUCACAAAUAAAGUAGGAGGCGAUCUGUCGCUGCCGGCCUUAGUGCAGAAGAUGGUCGGUAGCGCAGAGUCGUGGGAUGCAGUGGUGUCCUUCUGCGAGGACGUGAUGUCGCAGAAGGAAACUGCGGAACGGGAAAGGGAGAUCUCGACUCCCUUUCCUGGCCGCAGAAGGCGCACCGGGCGCAGGAGAAGGGCGGACAACGCCCUUUUCCGGCCCCCAUAA